AUGACGCCCAAGACUAACUCUGAGGUCGACAUCGAGAAGUCCUCAAGCAACCUCGAACCCGAAACAACCCAUCUCGAGCGACCGACUAUUAACCUUGGCAACGAGGCUGUCUUGCUCGAUGUCACUGCCGGCCACGUUGAUGGUGCUCUCCUUAGUACCUUGAAAUUGGCUAAGGACGGACAUACAGUCCUGAUUCCACAGCCGUCACAAGAUCCAAAUGACCCUCUGAACUGGUCACCCUUCAAGAAGCAUAUGAUCCUUGUCAUCCUGGGCAUCGCGGCUGGCCUGGGUGAUAUCACGUCAACCUUGGGAAUCCCUCCCAUCAUCUUGCAGGGCAUCAAAUGGAACCUGUCUCCCGCGGUCGUCAACUACAACAACAAUCUUAACGUGCUUAUGCUGGCCAUCGGCGGCAUAUUUUGGGUUCCGUUCGUGUAUUUCUGGGGCCGUGCUCCGGUCUUGUUCUGGACGACUCUAGCCGGAACACUCUUUUCUCUGGGCACCGUCCUUACGGAUGACUUCGACACGUACUAUGCCCUCCGGGCGUUGCAAGGGUUUUGUCUGUCCUCGGUCCAGGGCAUCGGCCUGAACUUUAUCAAGGACAUGUUCUACUUCCAUCAACAUGCUCGCAAGAUUGGUAUCUGGGCCGCUAUCUUCCUGACAUGUCCUUACCUCGGCCCGCCCUUUGGCAACUUCAUCAUCGCGGGCACUGGAUCAUAUCUGGGCUGUCUGUGGUUGGGAUUUGCAUUGUGUUGUGCCAAUUUGGCUCUCAUCGUCCUCUUCUCGGACGAGACUUGGUACAGGCGCGAUGUCCCAAUCGAAGAUCAGCCGGCUCGCGGUCACCGACUCCUCCGCGUCGUUGGUAUUUGGCAAUCUACGGUCCGGAAGGGAUAUUUCCUGUCCAUCCCAGAGUCUUUCCAUCGACUUUUCCGAGUUUUCGUUAAACCUAUCAUCAUUCCGAGUAUGAUCUACUUUGGCAUUAAUAUCAUGUGGGCGGUGGGGAUCAACAUCGGCACGUCAAUCUUGUUUACUGUCCCCAAAGAAGCCGGUGGAUAUGGCUUUGGGCCAAACGCACUUGGAGCAAUCUGUCUGACACCGGCAGUCGGCACGGUCCUGGCGGAAAUCUGGGGUCAUUACUUCAACGACUGGCUUGCCAACCGGUACAUCAAAAGGCACCAGGGAGUGUUUGUUCCCGAAGCGCGUCUCGUCACCAACUACAUCGCAGCCGGCAUGAUGGUUCCCGGCCUCAUCAUCCUCGGCGAGGCCUUGCAGCAUACGCUCCACUACAGUGCAAUCAUCAUCGGUUGGGGUUUGUAUACGGCCGGCACACUGACCGCGUCCGUCUCACUGACUGCUUAUCUGCUGGACGCGUACCCCGUCGCGGCUGGAGAAGUCAAUGCUCUCUUGAACUUCUCCAGAGCAAUCAGUGGCUUCUCUGUGGGGUAUUUCCAGGUGCAAUGGGGCGCGAAGGUCGGAUAUGACGGAUCUUUUGGGACACAGGCUGCUAUUGUCGGUGUGUCUGUAGGCAUCAUUGUUGUUCUUCACAUGUACGGUGGCCGAAUGCGUGCCAAGGGCGGUCAUGUGUGA